ACCCGGAUGAAGAUGGCGCAUCAGAUUCAGGCGGAGUGGGAGUGUGACUUCGUGACUGGGUGGUGACGGUCACUGCGCCGACUAGCGAAUUCACGCCUCGCUCUGUGCUUGCCUCGUCAAUUUCCUCGCCAGCGACCACGUCUCCAGCAUCACUCGUCGCCUCUACCUCCCCGCUCGACUUGCCUGUGUCUGGGCCACUUUUUCCACAAACGACACACUCGUGGUCACCUCUUGACAUAGAACCAUCACCGCCUCAAGAAGCAAAAACCCUCCUAGCCGCGUACACAUAACCCUCACCCAAGUACCCCCUCCUCGCAACCCUCCACAAUGGCCCAGCAAGCACGCCCAUCUUCCUCCACGUCAGACGGCUGGAAAGCAGGCCUGCGCCCCCCACCCAAAGACAGCCGCCCACAAACCGAGGAUGUCACGAACACGAAAGGCGUCGACUUCGAGGACAUGUACCUACGACGCGAGCUGCUCAUGGGCAUAUUCGAGGCUGGCUUCGAGAGGCCGUCACCGAUCCAGGAGGAGGCCAUCCCCGUCGCCCUCGGGAAGCGCGACGUCCUUGCACGAGCCAAGAACGGCACGGGCAAGACCGCCGCGUUCGUCAUCCCGUCCCUCCAGCAAAUUGACGUGAACAAGAACAAGAUCCAGGCGCUGCUCCUCGUGCCGACGCGUGAGCUCGCGCUGCAGACGGCGCAUGUGUGCAAGAUACUUGGCAAGCACAUGGGCGCGCAGAUCAUGGUUACCACGGGCGGUACGACGCUCAAAGACGACAUUAUCCGUCUGUCGGAGACCGUGCACGUACUCGUCGGCACGCCCGGUCGGAUAUUGGACCUGGCGGGCAAAACGGUGGCGGACCUCAGCGAAUGCCCGGUCUUCGUCAUGGACGAGGCGGACAAGCUGCUGUCGCCUGAGUUUGCGCCCGUCAUGGAGCAAUUGCUUUCGUAUUUGCCGAAAGAUCGCCAGGUCAUGUUGUUCAGUGCGACAUUCCCUAUGAUUGUCAAGGACUUCAAGGAAAAGCACAUGAAGCACCCCCAUGAGAUCAACCUCAUGGAUGAGCUGACCCUUCGCGGUGUCACACAAUACUAUGCCUACGUCGAGGAGCGACAGAAGGUUCACUGCUUGAACACGCUGUUCUCAAAGCUCCAAAUUAACCAAUCCAUCAUCUUCUGUAACUCCACGAACCGAGUCGAGCUGCUCGCGAAGAAAGUCACUGAGCUGGGCUACUCAUGUUUCUACUCGCACGCGAAGAUGCUCCAAUCGCACCGUAACCGCGUGUUCCACGACUUCCGUAACGGCGUCUGCCGCAACCUGGUCUGCUCAGACCUGCUCACGCGUGGUAUCGACAUCCAGGCAGUCAAUGUCGUCAUCAACUUUGAUCUUCCGAAGAACUCGGAGACGUACCUCCACCGUAUUGGUCGUUCCGGGCGUUUCGGACACCUCGGUCUUGCGAUCAACCUCGUCACGUACGAGGACCGAUUCAACCUGUACAAGAUUGAACAGGAGCUCGGCACGGAGAUCCAGCCCAUCCCUCAAAUCAUUGAUAAAGGCCUGUAUGUCGCGCCGACCGGGGCCGACGACGCCGAGCAGCAGCAACAGCAGAAAGCCCGAGCGACACCGGCUCAGCACCCUCCGCAGCGCCAGGUUGCGCCUCAACCCACACUCCCUCAACAGCAGGGAUCGGCACAGCCGCAGGUUGUAUAUUCCAGCUCUCCUCGGCCUGUCGCGGCGAAUGGGAACGGCGUACCACCGGCACAGAGGGCACCUCAUCGUGGUGUACCGGUCGCGCGAUGAAGCUCCUGGGUUCCUCGUCGCCAUGGUGGCGUGAGUCGUGUCGCGAGUGGGUGGUAGGUGAGGAGUGUGGACGGGGACGAGGAUGGGGAUGGUGGGAGGGAGGUGCGUCGAGACCAAGCUUGCGAAUCCAUCUGUUUAUGCCUUCACACGGACUA